GUGAGGGUAGGAUGGAGCGUGGGAUUGACAGACGGAUUGGCUCGGCGUCAGCAGUAAUGCAGGCGUUGUGCCGGACCAUUGUGGCGAAGAGGGAGCUGAGCCUGAAGGCAAAGCUCUCGAUUUACCAGUCGAUCUUCGACGAACGUGCCUGUUGACAAGCAGCUCUUCUGGACUCCUUUGUUUAAAGUCAGAUUGCAAUUAAACUUACAGACACUUUUAUCUAGACUCAAAAAUGUGUGUGCGCGUGUGUGAGUGAGUGUGUGUGUGAAUGUGUGUUUGUGUGUGUUUGUGUGUGUGAGUGUGUGUGUUUGUGUGUGUGUGUGUGUAUGAGUGUGUGUGUGUUUGUGUGAAUGUGUGUGUGUGUGUGUGUGAGUGUGUACGUGUGUGUGUGUGUGAGUGUGUGUGUGUGUGUGCGAGAGUGUGUGUGUGUGUGUGUGUGUGUGUGUGUGUGUGUGUGAGUGUGUGUGUGUGUGCGUGUGUGCGUGAGAGUGUGUGCGUGCCUGCGUGAGUGAGUGUGUGAGUGUGUGUGUGAGUGUGUGUGUGUGUGUGCUGUUAGGUGAGGUCAGCAUGCUUAAACUGGGCUCUCACUGUCACACUUUAAUCUCGUAAAUUGAUCCUAUAAUUAGCAGAGUGAGGCGACAGCAGGACGUCUCUCCUCUCAGCAGGAGCAGAGAGAAAGUGAGCGUCCCUCUGAGCUCACUGCUAACACCUAAAAGUCGUUUUCUGAGCUCACUUUGUGAUGUUCGCACGCCUCUGCCUGUCCUCUGGUUGAACUCACAGGUGUGCGGUUCAGCAGGUGGAAGCUCUGCAGCAGAGACGGUCAGACUUGCAGGAGAUAAUAACAUUUUAAGCUGGAGGACUACACUUCCCAUGCUGCUUUGAGGGAUAAAACAGGAAGUUUGGUGUUGCUGAAGUGAAGUGGAUUUCUGGAUAUUUAUUGUGGCUGGACGUCAGAAAGGGUGACAUCAUCGGAGAGUAGAUCAAACAGUGAAACUAAAAAUAUCUGAGCUAACAGAGACCAUGGACACGGACUUCAACCAGUCCCCUUGUGAGGAUCAGGUCCAGGUCUCCGGACCUGAAGAGAUACAGGACUCCCUCCAUGAUCAGCACAGCCAGACUCUUCCCUCUGACGUAAACCAGGAUCAGGUUUUAGACAAGACUGAGGAGGAAGUAGAAUAUCAGAAACCUCCUCAGGACCAGCUGGGGGAGCAGGAAGUCCUCCAGAGUCCAUCAGAAGAACUUUGUGAGGAGUCUGAACUUUACAAAGUCAACGUGGAGCAAUCGAUCAGAGAGCUGGACCAGGAUCAGGACCAAGUCUCUCAACAGAACCUGGAUCAGGACCAAGCAGGGCUUCAGCAGUCCUUAGACCUGGACCAGGACCAGGACCAAGCUGGGUGUAAGCAGCACUUAGACCAAAACCAGGACCGUACUGGGCUCCAUGAGCACUUAGACCUGAAUCAGGACCAAGCUGAGCUUCAGGAGCACUUAGACCAUGACGGGGACCAGGACCGAGGUGGGCUUAAGGAGCACCUAGACCUUGUCCAGGACAGAGCUGGGCUUCAGGAGGACCUAAACCAGGACAGGGACCCAGCUGGGCUUCAGGAGAACUUAGACCAGGACCAGGACCUGCAGGCCACAGACGAGUCUGGAGGGAGCGUCCCGGAGCUGGUGAUCACUCAAGCUGAGGAGCGUCCAUCAUCAGCUGCUGGACCUCCAGAGUCUCCGGUGAAACCUGCAGACCCCCUGAGACAGCCUGCAGGCCAGGUGAGCUGCAGCAGCGAGGGAGGAGACGCGGCGUGCUGCGACCGCCUAAGUAUGAGGAGCGACUCAAUUUCUCUGAGCAGCGAGAGGACGACCUCCAGGAUGAGUGAGGAGGACGACAGCAGAAGUGUUGCUGCUUCUUCUUUCAUGUCCCUGUUCCACAGGGUGCAGCUGGAUCCUCUGGAGAGAGAGUGGUUAAAGAGCUCAGCUGUUGGAAACAUGGCUGCCCAGAAACGUCUCCUCGCUCAGGAGCCGAGCCUCGUCAUGAAGAAGACAGCUCUCCACUGGGCAGCCAAGCAGGGCUGUCAGGAGGCGGUGGACGUGAUGCUUUGCUCCGGAGCCGACGUCAACGCCAGAUCGGUGAGUGGUUACACGGCGCUCCACCUCGCCUCCAUCCACGGACACCAGCACGUCGUCCACGCCCUGAUCUACACCUACAAAGCUAAAACCAGCCUCAGAGAUUAUCACGGGAAGAUGCCCGAUCAGUACUGGAGCGGCUGCACCGAGGUCUUCACCAAACAGGACCCUCACUCAGGUGCAAGGUUUUCUCGGGGCAGGUGGACACAGCGUUACGCCCUGUCGUCGCUGCUGCUGUCUCACUCUCGCAGUCAGAGUCAGAUCAACAUGGACUUCGGGACGCAGCCCCCGUCGAGCUCUCAGGAGGUGUUUGAACUCCAACUGUGACUUCAACCACACCUGCAGGAAACCAACAACCUCCAUCAGAUCAGAGUUCACCCUGCCCUGACUCCACCCCCUCUUCUCGCUCCCUGUGACUCUGAAUGAACAUUGUUGACUAAAUGACCAUCAUGCUGUGUGGAAGAAGACUUGAAACUAGAGAUUGAGACCACAAACAAGUAGAAACACUUUAUCAUAAACGUGUUCCUGAAACCAGUGGAUUGCCCCCUGCUGGAUGUUAGAAAAGGGCCUCAGAGGUAGGAUGUGGUGUGCACUAUCCUCGCAGAGCAGGGGGGGGGGCGCACGCAAAUCAACGGCACAAGUUGCUAGGUGACUAAAACGAUAGUCGGGAAAGUAGAUUCUGCCACAGCACAAUGUUCAGUAGAAAGCUGUGACCGUUAUCCUGCUGAGGAGAAGAGAUGUGAAGAAGACCUGACAGUCAGAAAAAUACAAAAUAAUCUCUUUUCCUUUACAGCGGAGCUAAAUGUUAAACACGCUGAAACACCGCUCAUCGUCUCGCUCUCUUUCACUCGCCCAUAAACGUCUCCAUUAACUUCCAGUCCAUUGGCCCCUCACUGCAAGAAGCUCGUUAUCCUCGUUAAUAAGGCGAGCAGCGUCGUUUGUGUAAAUGAAGAGCAUGGAAUGAGCAGAUUGGUGAGAGGACACUUUACACUAAUAACACUUCAGUUAAUGAAGAAAUCAGCAAAGCACAGCAGAAUGUAGAUGGGGACACAGAGACUGCAGAGGGGCUUCAUGACAGGACACAGAGACUGCAGAGGGGCUUCAUGACAGGACACAGAGACUGCAGAGGGGCUUCAUGACGGGACACAGAGAGGCUGCAGAGGGGCUUCAUGACGGGACACAUAGAGACUGCAGAGGGGCUUCAUGGGGGGACACAGAGAGGCUGCAGAGGGGUUUCAUGGGGGGACACAGAGAGACUGCAGAGGGGCUUCAUGACGGGACACGGAGAGACUGCAGAGGGGCUUCAUGACGGGACACGGAGAGACUGCAGAGGGGCAUCAUGAUGGGACACGGAGAGACUGCAGAGGGGCUUCAUGAUGGGACACAGAGACUGCAGAGGGGUUUCAUGACGGGACACAGAGAGACUGCAGAGGGGCUUCAUGACGGGACACAGAGAGACUGCAGAGGGGCUUCAUGACGGGACACAGAGAGACUGCAGAGGGGCUUUAUGAUGUCUGUGCUACAUUCAGGGACCCUCCUCUUCUGUGGGUCAACAAGGCAAUGACCUCUGAACUGUUAGCUGACCCUGGUGACCUCUCACACGGCAUCUGAAGAGGCCGUGGUGAGGACGUGUUGACGUUUUAAAUCCUGAGGAUAAAAACAGCGAUUAACUUAUCGCCCGCUCAUUGUUCGGUCCUCACAGGCUGUCACCAUGAUGCCCGGUCAGAGGAAAACAAGACCAAAUGAACUGAAAAAAAGACUGGCAGCCUGCUGUGUGUGUGUGUGUGUGUGUGUGUGUGUGUACGUAUUGCAUAUCAACGUUUAGCUCCAAUAAAACUCUUAACAGAGACAUUCUUCUUCUUCUUCUUCGUAGCUUCAGCAUUGUGCUCGCUGUCCUUUGUCUGUCUGUGUGAUCGCUGCAGGAGGCGUGUUCUUGCUGGAGGCUCAUCAGCAGGAUCAUCUGCACCCGGGCCUGAUGCGCUCUACAGAGAUCUGCUGCUUUCCCUCAUUCACUCCCUGACUCUCUGACUCUCUAGUUCUGGAUCUGGUCUGCUGGUUUGGUCUGGAGAAUCCAUCCCCUGACCUUACUGUUAUUAUCUGCUCUGUUGAACACACACACAUUCACACACAUGCUCACACUACAGCAGCCACAUUAUAUUAAAUUAAUAAAGUUUUUGUAAAUAAAUCGAGUGGUUAAAAUCUCCAGCUCGCCUCGUCUCCCUUCUUUGUCUCGUAUCACGACACUAAACACACUAAUGACGGCUAUCCCUCUGCUGAACGGCGUCUUCCAGGCUGUGACAUUCUGCAGCUGCUUCAUACGGCUAACCUCCUGAACAGAUCCCAGCAGAGUGUGUGUGACUGACAGCUGCUCUGUCCCUCACACACGCUGUCGUGGAGCGAUGUGUUUUCUGGUGUAAAGGUGCCCAGCAGGCCCGCAGAGAGCCUCUUAAUGAGCUGCAGGCGGCGUCCUGACAGACAGCGCUGUUAGAGAGGACGAGCGGGCCUGGACGCCAUCAGAGCUCGCUGUGACGCCAUCAGAGCGCUCUGUGACGCCCUCAGCUCUGCCAUAUGGUAGUCAGAGAAAACAGGAGGAGACCCAGGUACACUGACGGAGAGGAACACUUUCAGAAGAGAACUUCAACUUUCUUACAGAACAAAGGAGGAGGCGGAGACGGAGGAGGAGGACGAGACAGAGGAGGUGGCUGAGGAGGAGGAGGUGGAGGAGGGGGAGGAGACGGAGGAGGUGGCUGAGGAGGGGGAGGAGGAGAAGAGGAGGAGGUGUGUGCGUGUUCAGGGAUGCAGGCCGUGCUAUGGAUGUCCCGCCUUUUCUUGCUUCCAUCCUCAGUUUAUCAAAAGGGAACAACCUGAAUAUUCAUCCUUCCUGAUACACGUGAAAACCAAACUGUCACCUGGAGGUUGUCAAGUUGUUUGCACAUUUUUUUAAAUUUAAAAAUGAUCUGUAAUCUCUUUAGUGUCAGCUCAAUAAAACUCAUA